AUGAAUAAGAGAAUUAGUCUUUUAUUGUUAUUUGUUACUCUCGUUUUAUCUAGUCCUCUUCUUGAUAUGAAAAUAAAAAUUGAACAAAAGUAUAAAUUGAUUGAAAAUGCUGAAAGUCGAUCAAUUGACCAAUCAGUAAAAACUACACAAUUAGCAAUUAAACGAUCACAGAAGAGAAUUGUUGCAUUAAAUAAGAAAAUUGAUAAAGUUAAUGAUGCUAUUAAAAACAUCACUAAAUCUCUUACAGGAAUUGAAGCAAAUAUUACAUCUACAGGAGCUGCUGUUACUACAGCCGAAAUGAGAUAUGAAAGUGCUAAGAAAGCAGGAUCAAGUCAAGUAGAAGAAUAUGCUAAAGAACUUAAUAAAUUUAAACAAGCAUGGAAUGAGGCAAAGAAGAAUAAAGAAAAGAUUAAUAUAAGAAAAAGUGAGUUAGAAGCUAGAAGUAAACAUUUAAUAGCACAAGGAGAACAGAUGAGAAUGGGGAUUCAAGAAAUGAAUAAGGCACUUCAUACAUUUGAAGCACAAAAAGUAGAAUUAAAAACAAGAUUAGAAGAAGAAAAAAGUGAAGAGAUUCAUCAUAGAAGAUUAUACAUUACUGCAUUGGAAGAAAAUAAAGAAAGGUCACAAGAAGCAAGAAAGAUUGAAGGAAAAUUAGGACAGUUAAUUGGUAGUGAAAGAACUAAAGCACAUCAAAGACUUCAAAGUAUUAGAGAAAUUACUGAUAAAAAUGAAAGAAUUAUUAAAUUACAAAAAGAAUUUAUUUCAAUUAUUGUUGAAAAACAAAAGAAUUUAAAAGGAAUUUUAAGAAGAAUGGAACAAGAAAAUAAGAAACAUGAAAUAAUGAUUAAAAAAGAAGGAAGAAAAAUGGAUAGAUUAAAAAAACAAAAGAAAGAAUGGAAAACACAAAAGAAUGGAGAAAAAAGAAUUAAUUUAAUUAGAAGAGAAAUGGAUGAAAUUGAAAAUCGAAUUGAUAUAGAAAAUGAUAGACAUGGAAGUCAAGUUGAUGAAUUUGUUAGAAAUAUUAUUUAUUUUAGAAUUGAAGCAAUUAGAAAAGAAAUUAAAGCAUAA